AUGGCUGAAGCUUCUCUUGAGCCUCCAAUACUUCGGAAGGAUGCCUUUUCUCGCUCUCUUUUGCCCCCAACACCAGGUCCAACAGAUGAUGCAUUUGAUGGUUGGGGCCCAGUGGAGCUAGCCGCGGUGAUCGCUGGCCCGGUGUUUCUCCUGUGUGUGCUGUUGAUGGUGACGGUUUUCCUGUGCCACUACCACCACCAGCGGGUCUACCAUGACCGUAACCAGCUCGAUAUGGAGGAGCCAUCAUGCGACCACAUGUACAUCUCCGAGGGGAAGUCCUUGAAGGACCUCAUGUUCGAUAUGACCACUUCGGGAUCGGGAUCCGGCCUGCCGCUGUUUGUGCGACGGACCAUCGCCAGGACCAUUGUCCUCCAAGAAAUAAUUGGCAAAGGCCGCUUUGGCGAAGUGUGGCGAGGUAAAUGGCGAGGUGGUGACAUUGCUGUCAAAAUCUUCUCCUCCCGGGAAGAGCGCUCGUGGUUCAGAGAGGCAGAGAUCUACCAGACCGUCAUGUUGCGUCACGAAAAUAUUUUGGGAUUCAUCGCUGCAGACAAUAAAGAUAAUGGGACGUGGACUCAGUUGUGGUUGGUGUCUGACUACCAUGAGCACGGCUCUCUCUUCGACUACCUGAACAGGUAUACAGUCACUGUUGAAGGCCUGAUCAAGUUGGCACUCUCUGCUGUCAGUGGGUUGGCACACCUGCAUAUGGAGAUCGUGGGCACUCAGGGCAAACCUGGCAUUGCCCACCGAGACCUGAAGAGCAAAAACAUCUUGGUGAAGAAGAAUGGCACGUGCGCCAUUGCUGACCUGGGCCUCGCCGUUCGGCAUGACUCACUGACCGACACCAUCGACAUUGCUCCCAAUCAGAGAGUGGGCACAAAACGCUACAUGGCCCCUGAAGUACUGGACGAGACGAUCAAUAUGCAACACUUUGAUUCCUUCAAGUGCGCUGACAUUUACGCCCUGGGGCUGGUGUAUUGGGAGAUUGCUCGAAGAUGCUCUGCAGGAGGAAUCCAUGAGGAUUAUCAGCUGCCCUACUUUGACCUCGUGCCCUCUGACCCCUCCAUAGAGGAAAUGAGGAAGGUUGUUUGUGAACAGAACCUGAGGCCAAAUGUUCCCACUGUUUGGCACACUAACGAGGCAUUGCGAGUCAUGACCAAGAUCAUGCGGGAGUGUUGGUAUGCCAACGGGGCUGCCAGGUUGACAGCUCUACGCAUCAAGAAAGCAUUGUCUCAGCUUAGCAUUCAAGAGGAUGUGAAGAUCUAAGGAGAGAGGGAGAGAGAGUGUGUGAACGAAGCAGGGAAGCAUGGCAUUGUGGAUGCAAACCUACACCACCUGCCACUUUAGCUGCAGAGCAACGUCUACCUCACUACACAAGGAGCCAAUCCUGCAGAAGUGUUGACUGUUGUAUUUGGGGUAAGGGGGGUGCUGGUGUGGCAGGAGGGAAUGCAACAGGGUGGUGGGGGGUGGGGGAUGAUUUUUGAGGAAAGCAGAAGCUAAGCGAACUACGGUAAGUAUUAUGGAUUAAAUUUCAAAAGCAAACUACCACUUUUUCCGUCACUUGGAAUGGACAAAAUGGCUUCCUGGCAACGAUGAUUUUUAAGAAUUGGUAGCUGCUUGUUUGUUUUUUUUUUUUCAGCAAACAAUGAUUGAUUGUAUU